CCUCACCCCUUCCCCCAACAACCCCCCUACCAAAUCGUGGAUCACUCUACUCUGAAGCAAAGUUAAAUCCCCAAACCAAAACCCUAGGUUCUCCCUGCAACAUUUCUGCCGCAGUGCUGCCGCGUCCGUGCUGUCGGCGUCGUCCGUGGCCAAGCCCUCUCUUGUAGCUCAGCGUCCUCCGUCCGUCCUCCCUGGCUUCUCUGUUUAUUGGCUUGGAGAAGCUCGCCGUGUCGUCGCUCGCCGUCGUCUCCCCGGUCGCCGUCCGUGUCUCCGUCGAAGGUUCAAUGUGAUUAUCACUUGUUGCUGUACUUGCUGCUGUUGAAAUUUCAGACUGGUUGAAACAGUAAACCAGUAAAUCAGUGAUUAGAGCGGUUCGAUGACCGGUCCGGUUCUCAGAACCUUGCUAAAAUAUUAAAAAAAGCAGACAAAGCAAAAGAAAACCAGAAGUUCCUAUGGAGGAGACGAAGGUGGUGACGCUGAAGCCAAUCGAAGCAACUCCGUCGACCUUCGAAGACUACGGUCAGGUCAUCGAGGCUUCGCCGGACGGCGACGAGUUCGGCCCCCAUGACGCUCAGUUGGAGCUUUCCAAAGGGAUUCCCAGGUUUUACAUCAUGCAUAUCGAAAAUCGUCCGCUGAAGUUUUCGAAUAUUACACAUCAUGCAAGUGUGACACAAUGCCUUGGUUCUAUUGGUGGCCAUGCUUGGUAUCUUGGAGUUGCUAAGCCAUCCAUUGUUGAAUCAGAUGACAUCAAGGAUAACGCUGGAAAGAAGAUUGUGCAAUCACGAUGUGGCCAUUCGUACGUGCCUCCUGCCAUUGAUGAUGUCCAAAUCUUCAAGGUUUCUGGCUCCAAAUUUCUUAAGCUUAAUCGCGGGACAUGGCAUGCUGGCCCUAUAUUUAAAGAAGAUGCAAUGGACUUCUACAAUCUGGAAUUGAGCAAUACAAAUGUGAUUGAUCAUACCACACACAGCUUCAAGAAAGAUAAUGGAGUGGUCUUUUUGAUCGAUGAUUAAUAUCAUAGCUUCCUCAAAGCAUUUCAACUGAUUAUGUAUACUGUGUAUAAUGUAAUAAGAGUAUAAUACCACUCAUGAUGCUGUAGUACAAUUUAUGAAAUUUUAGUAUUGUGCUUCCAUUUUACAUGAGUAAAUGCUUUCCUAUGAGGUUGUUGACUAUUUAAAUAAGAGUAUAUUCUGAUUUGCCGUCAAUAAGAACUGAGCUUGUCUA